AUUACUCAAGUUUGUUGGAAGAAGUUUGUGCUCAUUUGGAGAGAGGCACACACACAGUUAGGGCUCCAGAGAGAGAAGAAGGAAAAGACGCAACUUUCUCCUUCAUUUUUUUAUUCAGAUAACCCAGUGCGCUUUUUAAUUUUUUUUUUUUUUCUGAAGGAAAGCGAAAAACAACAAUCUCUAAGGCAGCGCGCUGAAUUUGGAGACGCAUUUUGGGGGGGGAAGAGAACUCAGCGAUCCCGUUCGGAUUUGGAUGUGAAAAGUGGCAAAGGGUGUAAGACAGAGCCAGAGGAAUGUAUCAAAAUCGGGCCGCGGUGCGGGAACGUCUGUGGAGAUGUCCAGCCUGCGCUCUGUGGAUCUCCCUGCUGCUCCAAGGCGUGCUGGACAUGAGCGCGUCCGGAUCAGAGCUUCCCCAGGACCUCAGUGUACUUGCUGCCACCUCGUGGAAUGCCACAGAAGGGGCAUUUAUCCGGCUCGAAGCUCCCAUGAACAACAUAACAACGUCGCUGGGUCAAACGGCAGAGCUUAUUUGCCGCGUCUCUGGGAACCCGCAGCCUGUCGUGCGUUGGCUGAAAAACGACGCCCCAGUGGUGCAGGAGCCGAGGCGGGUCUCCUACCGGUCCAUGUCGUACGGAUCACGACUGCGAAUCCGCAACCUGGACACCACAGACACAGGAUACUUCCAGUGCGUUGCGACAAAUGCGCAUGGUACCGUUUCCACAACAGGGGUUCUGUUUGUCAAAUUUGAUCCACUCCCUACACCUCUAUCAGGACGGCCAACGGUGGAUCUGAAUGAAGAUGGAUUCUGCCAGCCGUACAGAGGCAUAGCCUGCGCUCGUUUCAUCGGAAACCGCACCAUCUACGUCGAUUCCCUGCAGAUGCAGGGGGAGAUUGAGACUCAGAUCACAGCUGCCUUCACCAUGAUUGGAACUUCCAAUCACUUGUCGGACCGUUGCUCCCAGUUUGCCAUCCCCUCCCUUUGCCACUUUGCCUUCCCAACAUGCGACCGCACCUCAGGCAUCGACAAACCUCGGGACCUUUGUAAGGACGAAUGUGAGAUCCUGGAGAAUGAUUUAUGCAAGACGGAGUACAUCAUCGCCCGCUCCAACCCCAUCAUACUGAAAAGCCUAAAGCUGCCAAAUUGUGACGAGCUAGCUGCCUUCGACAGCCCAAAGGCAGCCAACUGUUUAAGGAUCGGAAUUCCCAUGGCUGAACCCAUUAACAAGAGUCACAAGUGUUACAACAACACUGGGGCAGAUUACAGAGGGACAGUGAGCGUGACCAAAUCGGGCCGUCAGUGUCAGCCGUGGAAUUCGCAGUAUCCUCACAGCCACACCUUCCUGGCUGUCCGCUACACAGAGCUGAACGGGGGCCAUUCUUACUGCCGCAACCCGGGGGAAACCCAUGAAGCCCCCUGGUGCUUCACGCUGGAUGACACUGUCCGCAUGGAGCUCUGCGACAUCCCAAUCUGUGACCAUAAAGACAAGUCAGGUGGCAGCAUAGAUAUCCUCAAGAUUUUAGUUCCCAGUGUGUCGAUCCCGCUGGCCAUAGUUUUGCUUUUCUUCUUCAUCUGCGUGUGCCGCAACAACCAGAAGUCUUCCAGGCCCCCAGCUGCUCGUCCACCGAAACCGGUCCGAGGUCAAAAUGUUGAGAUGUCUAUGCUCACGACUGCCUACAAACCAAAGAGUAAAGCCAAAGAGCUUCCCCUGUCAGCGGUGCGUUUCAUGGAGGAGCUUGGGGAAUGCACGUUGGGGAAGAUCUACAAGGGUCAUCUGUACCUGCCAGGCAUGGACCAGGCACAGCUGGUGGCCAUUAAGACUCUGAAGGAUAUUUCCACCGCCCAGCACUGGACAGACUUCCAGCAGGAGGCCACCGUGCUGACGGAGCUUCAGCACCCAAACGUGGUCUGUCUGCUCGGUGUGGUUACCCAGGAGCAGCCGGCCUGCAUGCUGUUYGAGUUUCUGCCACAAGGGGACCUCCACGAGUUUCUGAUCAUGCGUUCRCCRCACUCUGAUGUCGGCUGCAGCAGUGACGAGGACGGCACUGUGAAAUCCAGCCUGGAUCAUGGAGACUUUCUGCAUAUGGCCAUACAGGUUUCUGCAGGGAUGGAAUAUCUAGCCAGUCACUUCUACAUCCAUAAAGACCUCGCAGCCAGGAACAUUUUAGUCGGUGAGCAGCUCCAUGUGAAGAUUUCUGACCUGGGUCUCUCCAGAGAGAUCUACUCCUCCGACUACUACUGCAUCCGGCCCAAGACUAUGCUGCCCAUCCGCUGGAUGCCCCCUGAGGCCAUCGCCUACGGGAAGUUCACCACGGACUCGGACAUCUGGUCRUUUGGGGUGGUGCUGUGGGAGCUCUUCAGCUACGGCCUGCAGCCCUACUACGGCUUCUCCAACCAGGAAGUGAUGGAGAUGGUGAGAAAGAGGCAGCUGCUGCCCUGCCCUGAGGAUUGCCCACCAAGGUUUUAUGGUUUGAUGACGGAAUGCUGGCAGGAAGGACCCACACGGCGACCGCGCUUCAAAGACAUCCACWGCCGCCUGCGAGCGUGGGAGGGGCUGUCUUCCCAUGCCAGCUCCAGCACGCCCUCUGGUGGAGGAGGCAACGCCACCACCCAGACAACCUCGCUCAGCGCCAGUCCCGUCAGCAACCUCAGCAACCCCCGCUUUGCCACCGCCGCCGGRUACCUCUACCCCGCCCAGGCCAUCCCUGCACCGGGACAGAUGGCUCCGAUUCCGGCCUGGACGCCGAUGGCUGUGCCCCAAACCCAUCAGCGCUUCAUCCCCGUCAAUGGAUACCCCAUCCCACCGGGGUACGCGGCCUUCCCAGCUCACUUUGCAGCUCCGGCUCCGCCCACUAGAGUAAUCCAGCACCACCUGCCGCCUCCUAAGAGCCGCUCGCCCAGCAGUGCCAGCGGCUCCACCAGCACGGGUCACGUCAGCGGGGUGCCUUCCACCACGGGCUCCAACCACGAGGCCAACACGCCGCUGCUGUCUCACUGYGUCAUGCCRGGAAACGGCGGAGGGCAGGGCCAGGUUUACGGACAAGUUUCCCAAAAAGGGGUGAUGCAGAUUGACCACGGUUCGCAAACUGCAGCUCUUCUCACUCCGGACUCUGACGUGCUGAUGUACAAUGACUCGGUCAUCACCGCAGACCUGUAAACGGGCAGAGGUAUGUUCACUCUCUWCCUGCUCRAGGACCCAUGCAUGAGAAGCUCUGCCUCUCAGCCAGGGAGCAGAAUCACAGUUCAUCUUUGGUCAAAGGUGAGACCAGGCAGAUGCAGACUUGUACACACUGCUGGUUGUGCAGAAACAAAAAAAAMCAACAAAAAAAAACUUUGCUGCAACUGCAUAAGUAUUGCAAACGGAUGUCCGACUUUCCUUACUGUUUAAAGUGUACUUACUAUCAUGGCUUAACAAUGUUACUAUGGUAAUCUCUGUAAAUACAGUACAUAAAAGUGUUGUGUGAAUGAUGAAAAUACGUAUAAAUAUAUAUUCAAAAGAACUUUUUAAGACGAGCAGUGUGAUGGUAAAACGAGAAAAAGUAGCAAGUCCACCCUCCAUCCGUUUAAACAGAUUUUAUUUGACCCUGGCAGUGAGUGUCAGUCUCUCUUAAUAGACUGUUUCAUACAGAGACAUAAACAUUCAUGAGACUUCCUUUGGGUGCCUUGCAGCUACGCUCCUGAAUACMCAUACCGACUCAAGAAAUAAAAUGGUUAGUCAAGCAAGACCAACUGUUGGCUUCCAGUGAGAAGAUCAACAUGCUGGUUUCCUACUCCACCCUUUGGAUUCAGGACUCAAGCAUGUCUGGUUCUGUGCUUCCUGAGAGYUGGCAGUUCUGCAGUGAAAUUUAGGUGACAUCCACUGGGAUGGAGCUCAUGUUUUAUUGUCAAGGCCAUUCAUCAAAAUCACAGAGAGGGCAUCCCAAUUAAUAACAUAUCCUAGAAAAUGACAGCUGAAUGUUUGCUUUUGUUUUASUUUGUUUAUCUGCAUUUUCAACAUGAAUGACACUUUCUCUUUGCAAAAAAAAAAAACCAUAUUCCCCUCUGCUUAAACUGAGUUGCUCAAAACAAAGAAGUUUGUUGCAUCAGGAUCCAGAUARCAUGCAUCCUUUACAUAGCUAGCGAUUUUGUUGUUGGAUACAGAUUYAAAGGAGGUAGUUUAGUUUUUUUAAAAAGCCAUUUUUGUCAUUUGAUUGCAGUCAGAGUCAUUAUAGUUUGGAGAAUUAGAAAGAAACUCUCAUGGAGGAGUCAAACUUCCAACUAAUCAAAACGGGAGCCAUACUGGUGUGAAUUUCAACAAUCUAAACUCAAUUAUAAAAAUGUUUUUGCACUUGAUCCAUGACACGUUUUUUUUUAUGACGUUGCUAUUUUCACAACCAAACAAAAACACUUUAUCAGCUUCAGUCAAAUUAAAUUGUAGUUAUGGKAAAAAAAAGUUAARAGAAUGUUUAGGACGAAAUAKAGAGAGAGAAGAUCUAUURGCAAUAGCAUGACUCUUGGACUAAUUUCAACAGCAAUGGGAUCGUUCAGCAGGCACAGUAACAGUUAGUGUAAUGCAGCUACACAUUCAAAUUAU